AUGGGGAGCCUGGCUUGCAACGGCGAAGAACGAAUCCUCUUGGCGAGCUUAUUGCAACAGAAGCAAGUUCGGCGUGUGGCUGCCGCCUGGAGCAUUACCAACUUCCCUCCCAAAGAAGUAGAUGCUAUGUUCCGUGCUAUUGAGGUUGUAUACCGCAUCAACAGUGAUUUUCUUCGCUCGCUGCAGGAAAUCGGCCCCAACCCUACCUCCCCGAAGGGUCUUGGCAACUUGUUGAUGCACUGGGUGGACAAACUUCAGGCCCCAUAUACAAGUUAUGUCUCUGUGUAUAUGUGCGGUCUGAAUUCAUGGGCUCCCAUUAUUCAUAACAAAGAACUGGGCUUGAUUUUGGCUCAGAUCUCGACAGAGCUGCCCAAAUCGGUGGAACAGCCAGAGUGGACGCUCGAUGAUUUUUUCGAGCUCCCCUUAAUUCGUUUGCGAUUUUACAAAAAGUUAUACAACCGAUUGCUGCGUAGUACACAGGCUGGCCGAUCAGACCAUGAACUCCUGGUCGGUGCAAAUCGCAAAUUGGACGUUCUUGUGGACAAAGCUGCGAAGCGUCAAGCUGUCUCCUUCAUUCAGCAAAACCCUAAUCACGCACCCAAAGACAUAUCAACGGAGAAGCCUAUUUCGCGAUCCAAUACGACAGCAAGUGCAAGUUCGGUGGCAGCUAUGGCGUCUCAUGCCUCGCCCACUGUGCCGUCGCCGAGGCCCAUACCCGCCCCUACACUGACCUCUCCGAUGGCGAAAGAGGGUGUUGCAUCCUCUCCUCACAUCACGACCCCUCAGAGCCCCACAGCUACUACCUCUCCUCUGAUGAUGGCUCAGACGCCUCGCCCGCCUUCCGUUCCUUUGGAGAGUGCAACGAAGAGCCCAGAAGUGCCUCGUCCCAACGCUACAAGCCCAGUUAUGACACCCACGUUCCCUGCGAUGAGGCCUGUCGUUAUGCCCCCGCCAGGAUCGACACCUCGGCCUGCACCGCCGGCUUCUGUCCCUAUGCCUCCGCAAGGACUUACAUCUGGACCAAGACCAGUAGCUCCUUCUAUGCCUACGCCGGGAGCCAUCUCAGGGCCUACACAGGUAUCUGCUCCUUCUGUGUCUCCACCUAUGGCCUCGCCCACCAUGCCGGGUCGCCCGCCAGCACCUAUGAUGACCCCUGGCGCUAUGCCAGCUCUUGGUUCCCCCCUUCCCGUAACGAUGAAGCCCCCUAUGCACGUAAGGCCUGUGGCAGGGGCCAAUGCCACUCCGCUACUCGAAACCCCAGCGAACUUUGGCGUGAGCGCUACGAGCUCGCAGCCACGUAGGCCUAUCCCUACGCCUGCGCCAAGCGCAGAUGCGCCACGUAACGUGUCGGGGCAGAAGAGUGAUGCAGCAAAUACACCCAACCAGUCCCCUGUGCCUGACACGAAGGAGCCCGAAGUGAUCACCGUGUCCCCCUCCACGUCUAAAUUGUCGCCUAUGUUGGUGCCACCUGCGAUGAUGCCUGUACCUGUUCCUUCGUCGACAUCCUCGCCGACCAUGACACCAAAGCCCAAGGCGGAACCAAGCCAUACACGUCCCAGCAUCACGCAAUCCAUUGAAUCGCAGAACCUGGUUCAAAUUCAAAACCGAAUUGACUCAACGAAGACCAUUGACGUAUUUUCACUGGAGCCCAAGAGUUGCCGCUUGCACAUGACGCCACCGUCGCUUCCAUUUCAACGGCAAUUGCGUUCCACCGAUAGCGUGCGUCUCCAAGUGGUGCCCAGACAUGGUGCUGGGCGUACGAUAGAGAAAGCACGAUUGAUUCUGCUCACUGAUCUGCUUUUGGUGGCGGAGGACAAGGCCCCUCAUGCCAUGGAACUACCAGCUCAAGACAUUCAAUUGAUGUUCCCACCCUUGUCGGGCCGAUUUAUUGAUGUAUAUGAUCAGGGUGUGACACAACCCACAAGUUUACGCCUCUCAAUUAUGCAACGUGUGGAUUUGCUAGUCACAUUGCCCACGGCAGAGCGCAAAGCCCUAUGGCUACGUGAACUUCAUGCCUGCAAAAACUUUGGACAACAUCAACAGCGCUCCCCAGUGAAAGAAAGCAGGCCGUUGCCAGGCGGUAUGACCCAGCCGGCCCCUGUACCUACCCCAACCAUGUCAGGUAUCUUGUCGACACCGAAAGCAGGGCCGCCAUCCCAAGCACCAAACACUGGCUCACAGCCCAAAUCUCCACCAGCGGCGGUCAAUGCUGCCCUCCAAUCGGCGCUGAGCUUAUCUGCUAGUCCCCCUCGACCGACACAGACCUCGCCGCCGGCCCAUACCUCCCCCCGUUUUGGUGCAGCGUCAGUGCCGGUACCGAUGCCUGGCACCACACCAGGUCCACAAAGCCCGCCUUCGGGUCAGGCGGUUUUGCCCAGUACACUGAACAAGGGCCCUAGUGUCCCGCCUUCACCCAUGAUGCCACCAGACCGAUUGCUGCCAGGGCGCUCUGCCUCUCCUGCUAACACCACGUCUGACUCACGGAUCCGUGCUGGCCUGCCUCCGUUGCUUGUGCCGAAUGCCUCGACCAGCGACAGUCUUCCUUCGGUCCCAGUAGCGGAACAAGACUCGGGUCGUGUAUCGUCACCCAUCACACCAGCGCAUUUGACGCGGGCCAGCUCUUUAGCCUCGCAAGAAUCCUUCCCGCGCCUUAUGACACGUCGUGUGGAUUCACCUGAUUCUUCUAUGCCCAUGCCGCCAAAUCGGGGACCGGAUGAAAAGGGGGUGGUCGGGGCGCCGCGCCCCGGUGCCACGUCAGCAAUGUCCUUUGGCAGUGCCUCUGAGCAGACCUUGGCAGGUUUCCAACCGCCAUCCUCACCGAAUGGGCCGCUCGGCUUCAAUAUCCGUGCACCAUUGGGAGGCCUGCGUGCAUUGGGUAUGCGCCGUCCAUCGGAGCCACAACUUUCACAGCUAGCGCAAUCGCAGGCAUCCUCGCCUACGCUCCCACAGGCACAGACACGAACACAGGCAGGACCUACGGCUGUGACAUUUUCUCCUAACACAGCGCAAGGCCCGGGUCCUGCACCAGGUAAAACGAUCCCUCGCUCUGUCUCUACGUCACGGCUGCGUGAUGCGAGCAGCCCUACCUUUGAGCCGCCUUCAAAGAUGCGACAUGAGACGCAGCGACGCAACUCUACAGAAUGGAUGCAAGAAGACCAGGCAGAGCAAGAAAUUGCGCCGGCCAAAUAUGAGAAGCAGUCCUUCAACCUCUGUGCCCAGAUGCGCUGCAAAGUGUUUUUGAAGCAAAGCUACGCGCAAUGGCGCUCCCUGGGUUCGGCACGACUACGUCUGUAUCAUCUCAUGCCAUCCAAAACAAACCAGCUCGUCGUGGAGAAUGACAAAAAGGUCAUGAUUUCUUCGAUUGUGCUUCCCAACGCAGUAGAGCGUGUUGGCAAGACUGGUUUGGCCGUGGAGUUAUCUGAUAUGGGACGCCUCACUGGCAUUGUGUACAUGCUGCAUAUGCGAAGUGAAGAGUCAGCCAAUGGCCUAUUUGAACAAUUGCUCACGGGAUCCAGUCGCACUGCACUUACCAGUCCUUCUUUGGCAUAG